AUGCACCCCCGCCUUCUCUCGAUCUGCCAACAACCCACGCUUGAUCCCUCUUGCACGCUCGCCCUCAUCCUCGUCCGACACCCUACAAAUGACCCCACACUCUCCGCCACGAUCCUCGCCAACUGCCACAACAUAGUCUGGCAGAUCAAGACCGGUGUCUACCAGCCCAGCUACACCGGCUGUCUCUUCCGCGCGUGCACUGUCCACCUCGGCUCCAACCCGUCCGCUGGCAAUGCUGUCCACGUCCCCGUCUCCGAUGUCCUCUCCAUGAUGCACCCGAACGUCCUCGUCCUCGGCGACUGGGACCUCCAACGCCAGGUCAUGCCGCACAUGGCCGCGCGCGGCAAGCCGCCCCCGUUUAUCUACUACUACAACUUCAUCGCCGCGAACCAGGAAGCCCGCGCGGACGCUACCAUAUCCGGCAUGGACAAGCUGGCCCACCUCGAGCAACUCCGCGCGGACAUCCGCCGCUCCAAGGCCGAGCACGGGCUCGACCGCGCCGCCAUCUUCUGGACCGCGAACACGGAGCGCCACUUCGACACCAUCCCCAGUGUGAACGACGCCGACACACUCCUCACCUCGAUCAAGGCGUCGCCCUCGACGCUCUUUGCCGUCGCGGCCAUCCUCGAGAGCGAGCCCUUCCGCCACAAGGUGUUCGCCGGUGGCGGCGACCUCAAGUCAGGCCAGACGAAGCUCAAGUUCGUCUUCGCUGAGUUCCUCGUCAACGCGAGCAUCAAGCUGCUCUCCAUCGCGUCCUACAACCACCUCGGCAACAUCGGCGGGCACGACCUCACCGCGGAGCCGCAGUUCAAGAGCAGCCCGGGCGUGGUCAAGGGCACGAAGGCUGCGAAGGGCGAGCGCCCCGCCCACGCCGUCGUCAUCAAGUACGUCCCUGCCGUCUGCAACUCCAAGCGCGCGAUUGAUGAAUACUACCCGGAGAUCUUCUGCGGGCGGCCGCUCGAGGAUCAACACCAUCAACGAGUGCGAGGUGUAGCAUGGGUCCCCGGAGAUACUUAUGCCGAUGCUUCUGGCCGUCCGACCCGCCAUGAGCGACACGCUCGCCGUCGUGGUCGCUCACGGUUGCCACACUCCCGCUCCCGCAGCCGUGAGAGCUUCAUGAGCGUGGAUGAAAUGAUUCUCGAGGCCACGGCUGGCGAUGGCCAUGAUCGCCAGGGCGUCCCAACAGGCCGCCUGCACUCUCAGUCACUCACCCAUCACCCAUCGCAGCAAAUGUCCAUGCCGCGCGUGCGUCACCACUCCCAGUCGCCCAUCGGCCGCGAUUACCUCGCCGUGCUGCACUCCCGCUCUGGAGGUGCGUCGUGGCUCUCUGCCCACUUGGGAUCCCAGUGA